AUGUUGGCUCGAGGCCAAAUGCUUACUCACAAAUGUUGGUACGAGCUGUGCACGGUGGACUUCGAGGGCGCCUUCCACACCCUAUCGCUCCGAGCAGCCGACUGGGGGAAGAUGGUCUUCAAGACGGCGGUUGGCUGGGCAGUCUUCCGCCGCCUGUGCUGCGGGAUGGCUUCGGCCCCCUUGGUUUGGCGCAGAGUCGGCGCCGCUGCGUGCAGGCUGGGCCAGGCGAUGUACCAACCGCACGAGCUCAGAAUCCAGUGCUUUGUGGACGACCCCGCGAUCUGCGCUCGCGGCCCCCCGCACCAGCGGAAGUGGCUCCUGGGCGCGCUCCUCCUGUUCUGGGCCGCGCUUGGUUUCAGGCUCAGCUGGAAGAAGGCCGUUCGCGGGCAGGCCGUGCCCUGGAUCGGGGCACAAUUGGAGCUCCAGCGCCGGCGGUGUAAGAAGUGCCGCCGGCACGCGUGGGGCAUCCAGGUCGCGCUGGCUCCGAAAAAGUGCCGGGAGAUCGUCGAGGCCGUCGACGCGAUCCACCGCUCGACGGGCGUCGUCCAUGUCAAGGAGGUUCGCAAGCUCGCCGGCCAGCUCUCGUGGGCCAGCGGCCUACUUCCUUGGCUCCGCGGGUUCAGCGCCUGCCUGUGGGCGGCGUUGGCGGCGCACGACCAGGGGCAGAAUGCGCGGGCCCUGAGAUUCUCGGCCAAGAAGCGGCCCGGCCAGCUCUUCUUUCUACUGCGAAUCCAGCAGGCGAUCACUUGGAUCCGUUUGCUGUUUGCCGGGCUCAUCCGGGAUCGCGAUGGCAAGCCGAUCGCAGUCCAAAGAUGGACUAUUGCGACAACCCGCCUAGCCGACCUGUCGGCGUGCAUCCGCACCGACGCGUCCCCGUGCGGGUUCGGCGCGAUCUUCUUCGUCGAUGGGGCGCCGCGCGCCUGGAUCGCCGAGGGGUGGGCGGACGCGGCCGAGUGGGAGUUGCUCGCGCUCCUGGUUGCCGUGGAUUGCUGGCUGCCGCGCCUCAGGGACGAGGCGCUCGCGCUGCCCCAGACGGGCGCCACAGCGGCCCUCUUCAGCGCAGCCAGGCUGGCCGGCAGAACGCCGCUCAUGAACGCCUUCGCGGCGGAGUUGGCGCUGCGGUUCGAGAGCGCGAAUGUCCGCGUCAGCCUGGAGCACGUCGCGGGCGCGCUGAACUUCGAGUGCGACGCGGUGAGCCGGAUUUCGCGGGGCGCGGAGAUUCCGCGCUCGCUGAGGUCGGCCAGGCGCGACGAUGCGCGGCAGCGCUCGCCCUCGUUCUUCUGGGCAUGGCCGCGAACGCUACUGACCGGCCGCCCAGAGGCCCAUGCAGUUGCAUGUGGGCCGGCCGCCUUCUGCAAGGGGGGGGCGGACUUCGCAGCCCUCGGGCCGGCGCUGGGGGCGGCCGCGCUGAAGGGCAAGGCGAAUGGCAAAGGGGGGCUGCCGGGGUUCCCUGCAUACAUGGCCAAGGCUAAGGAGGCCCGCGCCCUCGCCGGCUGGCCGUGGGAUGAGCAGCCGGACCUUGCUCGGCGGAAGGCCACGGCAUCGGUCCUCUGGGGCCCGGGCGUUGCGAGACAGUCAGCGCCCUUCGACCUCAACGCGGCGGUCAAGGCUGUGCGCGAGGGCAGCGUCUACCUGGGGCCGCUCGCGCGCGUGGGGUGGGUGAACUUCCUCAUCGUCGCCUCCAUGUUCGUCAUGCGGGAGAUCGAGGCGGCGUUUGCCAAGGUCGGCCACGUGACCCUCAACAGGGCCGAGCGCAAGGUCAGCCUCAGGCUCCCAGUCUCCAAAAGGGACCCGCGGGCCGUCGGCUGCGCGAGAACAUGGGGUUGCACGUGCGCGAGCCGGCUGUCUCGUGAGUUGUGCCCGUAUUGUGCGGCAGAUGCGCAGUUGGGCAUGCUCCGGGACUUGCCGCUCUUCCGAGCCCGCACUGGCGGGGUCUGCCUGAAGGCCAACGUCGUGGCGGCGCUCGAGGUCACCGUUGCGGCUUACGGAGGCGCUCCGUUCCACCCGAGUGGCGCGAAGGCUUUGGGAGGGCAUUCUUUCGGAGUCACGGGGGCCCAGAGGUUGGCCAUCGCAGGGCUGGAGGUGCACGAGAUCAUGCUGCAUGCGCGGUGGGCUGGCGACACCGUUCUCCGCUAUAUCCGCGAGGCGCCCUUGGAGAAUCUUCCCGCGGAGGUGAUCGCUCUCGAGGAGAAGCGCUCGCUCAUCGAGUCCCCCACCAAGGCGCAGGACGACGUGAUCAAGGUUGGCGACCAGGUGGCUGCCCAGAAGCAGGACGUCGCGGACGCGCUGGCCGCCCUGCAGGAGCGGCUCGUCAAACUCGACGCCGGCUCCGCCAAGCCAUACGUCAGCGGUGGAGGCUCGAGGAGGUUCCGGGUCCACGAGGUCGCAGUGGAGGGGCUCGAUGUCCCCCCGCAGCUGUGGAGAACCAAAUGCGGCGUCAGGUUCGCCCACUGGUGCUUCACGAAGCACGCCUCCUUGGAGAUCUUUCCAUGGGAUGCUCUGUGCCGCAGCUGCUUCCGGAGACGUCGGUCCACCUCGAGCUCGUCGGCCUCGAGUGCUUCAUCGUGCGCGGAAGGCUCCGCGUCUUGA